UUUGAUUUGUGUCGCAUGAAUAUACCAGAAAGUUACAAAAAUGGAGGAUUCAGAUUAUUUAGUAGACUCAUGGAAAAAAAGUCCAUUUUUUGUUGUUCAAGAUGAAUAUGAAUUUACGUGCACAAGACUUCUAGAAAGAAUAGAAAAAAUUCUUGCAAAUGUCCAAUUGGAAAAGUUAAAUAUUGAAAGUAUUCACAAUGAAUUAGAUAAUGAAUUAGAUGAAUUCAAUGAAAUUUCAAAUGAAUUAAAUAAUAAAAUUAAGUCACUUACCAGUUUAUCACACACUCAUUACUGUGUGAAUUAUAAUCUAAAGGAUUUCGUGGAAGAUGUUUCUUCACGAUGGCAGGCAGCAAUAAAUGAGGGAAACUUGCAUUAUUGUAGAGUUCGAAUAUCAACUCGAUCAAUUUUGAGAAAAAUUCAAAUUGAUGCCGAUGAAAUUAAACUAAUGUUACAAUUUUCAAUAUGCAAUUGUAAUCAACAAUGUAUUGAAAAAGGAUUUUACAUUUGGAAUGAAAUUUAUCGAUUAAUAGAGAUCAUAGCUAAUUGCGAUCAUGAGGUUCAAUUACUGAUGCCAAUCCGCGAUAUUGCACCACGUAUAAACAAUCUCAUUUCAUCGAUUAAUAAUUUCGUUAACAAUAAUGAAUUUAUUCGAUUUAAUUCAAAAUGUGAGGAAUUAACCGUUUUUCCUUAUGUAUCAAAAUUAUUAACAGGAGAACUUAUUGGCUUAAAGCCAAUUAAUCCUGAAUUUGUUUUAAAAACAAAUGCACUAAGGAGACCAAUUUUUAUCACUAGAAUAAUUAGACAAAAAGUAAAGAAUCGUCUAAAUAUUUGUGAAUGUUAAAAAGAAACUUUAAAUAUUAUAUAUGUUAAUUUAAAAUUAUUUAUAUCGUCAAUGUUUUUCUAUGUUCAGUGAAGAUAUAUAGUAUUGUCUACAAAUUUAUGUAAAAAUAAAUAAAUAUUUUUAAUAAUAAUA